CGCACUGGAAGAAUUGUUGACGUUCUGAACUACAACUCCCAACAUGCAUCUCUCUGUUUACCUCCUACGUCGACUUUAGGCGUCAAAAUAACGACCUCAAAACAUUGAAGUUGAACAAAAUUGACAACAUAAUGUGAAACUUUUGGGGGACAAUUUCACUUUUCUGAUUAACAGUAAACGUUUGUGAGCUUUUAUCGACACUCGUUACGUCUUCUGUGUUUUUACAUGAAGUUAAAUAGACUCAAUGUUACCUUUCUUUUUCAAAUUUCGCGCUGUUCGCUCCGCCAGCAAAGAGAUUAGCUGGCUAGCACUUUAACUAGCCCCGCUGCUCUAAACCGGCAACGAAAUAUUACAUUGAUUAUAGUGUAUAACAUUUUUAACUUUUUACAUCCGAGUUUCCACAAACCUAUUUUAAAUGGAGGUGACGGACAUCGGAAACAAAGAGGAAGGGAAAGUCUGGCAUCGAAAACCAGCACCGGGGAAAAGUGUGUUAGUGACUGUGGUCCGCACUGCUCAGCAGGCCAAGACGGUGCGUUUCCUCCAUGUGGCCUUUGACACCACAGGAGAUUCCUUCCUCGCUGGUGAUCACCAUGGCAACAUCUAUGUCUUUGACAUCAGUAGAAACAGAUUUCGUCUGGUGCAGAAGACGGGACAGGCCUGCACCGCUCUGGCGUUCAGCCUCCGAAGGACCACAGAGUUCCUUGUGGCUCUGGUUGACUACACCAUCAAGUGCUUUGACAAAGACACAAAGCAGCUGGUCAGUUGGAUGCGUGGUCACGAGGGAGCAGUCUCGUCCAUCUCUGUCCACAGCUCAGGCCGCUACGCCAUCACCACGUCUUCAGACACAGCUCAGCUGUGGGACCUGGACACCUUCCAGAGGAAGAGGAAGCUCAACAUCAAGCAGUCUGUUGGCAUACAGAGGGUGUUUUUUCUGCCUCUCAGUAACACCAUCCUCAGCUGUUUCAGCGAUGACUCUAUCUUUGCCUGGGAGAGCGACACACUGUUCUGCAAAUACCAGCUGCCUGUCCCUGACUGUGGACCCAAAAUCUCCUACAAGGCUUUUGCUGUUACGCGCAAUGGAAAGAGCCUUGCUGCUGGUGGGCGCUCCAACCUGCUGCAUCUGUGGUGUCUGGACAGUCAGCAGCUGGUCAGGGUGGUUCAGAUGCCCACACAGGUUCGAACUGUCAGACAGCUGGAAUUCCUGCCCGACAGCUUUGACGGAGGAGCCAACCAGACACUUGGUGUAUUGAGCCAGGACGGCGUGAUGCGUUUCAUCAACAUUCACACCUGCAAGCUUCUCUUCCACAUUGGUUCCCACGACGACGCCAUCACCACAGUGUCGGUCAGCCCCAACGGCCGACACGUCGUGGCCAUCAUGGAUAACGGCAGCAUCAAUGUGUACAGUGUUCAGAGUCUCACACAGGAAUUAAACAAGCCUCCUCCCUCCCAGGUGGCAGUAGUCUCUGAUGCUGAAGCUGAUCAACUGUCAAACCUUAGGGUCAAGGUCAAGUCAGAGGUUGUUCAGAGACAAACAAAAAGCCGGACUCAGGUGAAGAUACUGAGACCCCCUGCUGGUUCUGGUACAGCUGAGGAUAAAGAGAAUGAGCUCCCUGCUGGUCUGAAUAAGAAGCGACUGGUGUCUCUGCUCAAAGCAUUUGGAGAAUAUCCUGCUAAAUACAGGAUGUUUGUGUGGCGGUCCCUGUUGUGUCUCCCAGAGAACCACGCAGCAUACAGCAGUAUGACAGAUAAAGGCCUGCAUUCAGCCUACCUCACUCUGCAUGAUAAGUAUCCCAUCAAAAGUCACAAGCUGCAGAGGGGGCUGCAGAGAGUUUUGUCUGCGUUAGCUCACUGGGCAUCCAUCUUUGGAGAGGUGGAUUAUCUUCCCCUGGUAGCCUUCCCUUUUGUCAAACUCUUCCAGAACAAUCCGAUGCUCUGCUUCGAGGUGGUGGUCACAGUUAUAGUGAACUGGUGUCAGCAUUGGUUCGAGUACUUCCCCAACCCUCCUCUGAACAUCCUGAGCAUGGCGGAGAACGUCUUGGCUCACCAUGACAAGGAGCUGCUGCAGCACCUAGUGGACUGCGGCAUUACUUCACAGCUCUAUGUGUGGCCCCUGCUGGAGACCUUGUUCUCAGAGGUUUUAAUUCGUGAUGAGUGGCUCAGGCUCUUUGACAACGUCUUCUCCAACCAUCCAUCAUUCCUGCUCAUGGCCUGCGUGGCCUACAUCACCUGCUGCCGUGAACCUCUGCUUCUCUGCGCCCAGAAACAGGACUUCGAGUACUUUUUUCACCAUCGUAACAACUUGGACAUGGGAGCCAUGAUAAAAGAAGCCUACAGGCUGAUGAGCGGCACGCCAGCUGACAUCCAUCCCCGGACAAUGCUCUCUGACUUCACACCACUUACCAAGGGCCAGUACCCCGUGUUCAACCACUACCCAGAAUUCAUAGUGGAGUAUCAGAGCCGGGAGAGGGAGAAGAUACGGCUGCAGGAGAUGGAGUACCUCCGCGAGAGGCAGGAGGUAUCAGCGAUGCGUGCAGAUUUUGUGCGUCGCCAAGCUGAAGAGGAGACCUACUACACACAACAGGAUCUUCUGCAAAAGGCAGAGGAGCAGCGCAGAAACAUCCUGGCACAAGAAGAUGAAAAACUAACACAACAGAGGAAAAAGUUGGCAGCCAUGAAGAGGGAGCUGAAGGUGAAGGAGUUACAGCUGCUAGAUGCAACUAGAAGACGUUUCCUCAAACACCAGCAGGACCUGAAAGCCUCGCAGAUACAAAGACUAGACCAGGAGAUCGGUAGAAAGAUGAAUCUCUGUGAGCGAGAAACAGCCACAGCAGUCCAGGAUCUGGAAGUCAGACAGAUGGAGCUGGAGGUUCAGAGGAGGCGACUUGAACAGAACCUGUUGAAGGAGCAGGAGCGCAUGGGACGAGAGGUCGAAGAAGAGGUGGAGUUGAGGAUGAGGAAGGCAGAGAGAGAGGAGAAGAGCUACACAGAGCAGCUGCACAGCGCUCAGGCAAACAUGCAGGCCCUUGAAGAGUCCCUGGCGGAGGCGUGCCAGCUGGGCUUGGAGUCGGACUGGCAGAAAGAGGUGGCAGAACGCCUGCGGCAGGUCGACGCCGAGCAGGAGAGGAAAAGGGAGAGACUGGCAGUGCUUCACAGGCAGACCCUGGCAGAGGAGGAGAGACUGGCAGACACUGUGAGAGAUGUGGCUGGAUGGAAGUGGGAUGAAGUGACGAGUACGAGGGCCAAAUUACAGGAGCAGCGACUGCCAAGGUGUUCAGCAGACACAGACGGCCAGAGACAGACUAGAGGACUUCCUCAGAGACAAAAUGCUAACACUGCUGUUGAUGUUGGAAGCACGGCUGCCUGUCCAGCAGUCAAAUCCAACGCUGCCACCAACAUGUUGUGUCUGAACAGCAGAUCACCUUCAGAGAGCACCUCUACCAACUUCUCUCUGGACCGAGGCCGGGCCCAGCUGGACAGCAGCGAGAGAGAACUGCUGAGGGAAGUCCGAGAGCUGAGACACAAGCUGGCAGCUAGAGCCAGAGAGGGCAGCUCUGCCUCCUUACAGUCUGUCCACACACUGUCCUCUGUCUCCCAGUGACCACAAACUGCUCCGCGUCCGCAAUGUGUCACUCAACAUAUUCUUUGUCUGGAGCAAACUAGAACAACAGGAAAGAUGACGCGUCUUACCUAGCAGCUGUUAUCUCAUGAAAACAUACAUUCCAU